GGCGUCGGCUCCCUCACCCGCGCCCUACUAGAGUACCCUCCAAGUAUCAUCAAACGCAUCAUAGCGAUCGAGACCCACCCGCCCUUCCUCGCCCAGCUCUCCGCUCUCGCCCGCACCGACCCAAGGCUGCACGUCCUCCCCGCCUCGCCCUACCUAUGGGAAACGUACGACGAGCUCAUGUCAUCUUCUCUCUUGUCCGAUAUCACCCCCGUGCCAUGGGAAGAAGAGCAAACGCAGCUGCAGUUUAUCUGCCGGCUACCGUUGACCCUGAUCAGCGAACAGCUUAUGAGCCAGUUCCUAAGGUUCGUUCCGCUCAAAGCGUGGUUGUUUAAGUACGGCCGGGUACCGAUGGGGUUUCUCCUCCCUUUAGGUUUGUGGGAGCGGCUCUCUGCCCCUACUGAAGUCGAGAACCGCUGCAAGCUAAGCGUGAUCACCGCUCUAACAACACAUGCGCAUCUCAGCAGCCCCAUCUCCUUGCUCCAACCAUACAACUCCCACUUCCUCCCUCUCCCGAGUGCGGAGGACACCCGGCUGGCCCUCGCCUCCCCCGCCCGGGCGGCAAGAGACGUCCGUUCCCCCAACAAGGGGAAGCAUAUUGGUCACCCGUACGUCGCGGCCUCCUUCCUCCCUCUGAGGGAACAACAUAUCCCCCCCUCGGGGCUAGACACGUGGGACUACAUAACCCGGAUGCUAUUCGUCCAGCGAUCCACAGCUGUCAAGGAAGGGAUCACGAACCUCGGCUUAGGCGCAAAGAGUUUGCUCAAGUACCUCGACUUCGAUACGCAGAUGACGCCCCGUCAGCUCAGGGCAAGAGAGUGGACACAGGUCGUGGACGCGUUUGAGGAUUGGCCGUUUAGGCCGAAUAUCUAUGCGGUGAUGGAGGAAGGUGGGGAUGGGCACAGUACGAGGCGGAAUCUGGAUUAG